AUGCCGUUCGAAAGUUUGGAGCCCGAUGAUAUGGAUAAUGAUAAAUUACAAGAUUUAGAACUUAUUCAAGUUAUUAUAAAUAGUAAUCAAUUAACAGCUGAGCCGGCUACUAAUCAACGUUGUGAAACACAAAAUUAUGAUAUUAUUAUUAUAUUAGAAGAACAACAUCUCAACCGUACUCAGCAACAUAAUAUAUCACCAACAAAACAUCACUUUCAUCCUCAACACUAUCCAGAUUAUAAUUUGAUUACUGAUACAGUAUCUACAAAUAACAUUGAUCAAUCGCUGUUGUACUUACAAACACUUGCAAAUGGUGACUCAGAAUUGGAUUGGCCAGAUGAUAAUAAUGAUGUGUGGCAUGAACACGAAAUAAAACAACAACGUCAACAAUUCUCGUCAAUAUCAGAUAUUAAUAAUAUGGAACAUUCGAAUAAUGAAAUUCCAAAAUUAGAUAAUAAUGUACAAGGAAAACAAAAUAUCUUGCUUAUAGAUGAUCAACAUUUACCAUUAUUUGUUGUUCAAUCAAACCCGAACCAGCGACAUUGUGCUGCUCAAUUAGCAACCUCAUCGACAAAUGCUAAUCUGUUUCAAAAUUAUGCUGAUCAUAAUAAUCAUCAACAUCAUUCACCAUUACCACAACAAGUAUUAUUCAGUACAAAAACACAAUGGUCAAGAAUAUUAGGUGAUGAUUAUAUUAAAUAUGAUUAUGUAUUAAUACAACUGUUGUUAUUGAUUAUGUUAGCUGAAGGUUUAUUACGUAUAUCAGAUUAUUAUGAUCGAAUUGGUAUUAAAUUCGUUGUGUUUGUUCUUUGUACGAAAUUACCUGUUAUACGUGAUUCUACUUUACUGGUCUUCGAUAAAUUUACAAAAGCAUUUAGACAUUGGGAUUGGCUAUGGCCUUAUAUGGUACCUUAA